AUGGCUAGAGAUUAUCUUGUGAUUACUGCUACUAGCAUCCCAGUAGAGCAAAUAUUUUCUAGAAGAACUGAUUUAAUUUCUGUUAAGAGAUGCAGUCUUAGUGCAGACUCUAUUGAUGCAU